AUGAACCCAUAUCACCAUUAUAUUCUAACAGGUAUCAUUGAAGACUAAGAUGACUUACCUUCUGUUAAAUAGGAAGAAUGCUCACAAUUCUAAUAUUAUGAAGAACAACCUCAAUUUAUUACAUAUGAGAAUUCUAAUCUUUGUUAAAUUGUUGCUUCAAUACUCAACUUAAAUGAAGAGUAUGUUGAUUGGUUUGCUCGCAAUAAACCUAUCGAAUUUGAAUCAAUGAUGCUCAAAGCAAAACGCAAAUUUUAUAGAGACAAAGCUAAAUUCCGCAUGCAAAUCUUACAACCUCAUCUCUAUUCUGCUCAACAACCUCAAGAGCCUAAGAAAGCCAAAAGGGGUAGAAAACCUAUCAAAUGUGCUGAAAAGCAAUUUGUUGAAGAUAAUAGCGAUCAUGAUAAAAAAACGAUACAAAUGAUAAGAAAUAGGAUUUCUGCUUAGAAUUCUAGAGAUAGAAAAAAAGCUUAUCUCAAAGAACUGGAAUAGAGCAGUGCUUUAACUAGCAGAGAAAAUGAUUUAAUUCGCAAGCAAAUAGAAGAACUCUUUGCUGCUAAUGAAGAAAUUGAAAAAUAAAAUAACAACAUUCUCAAGUGUAUCAAAGUUUUUAAAUAAUAAUGUGUGGAAUCUGAUGAAUAAUUUGCUUAAGAGAUACUAAAGUAAUUGGAAUAAUUCCAAAGUGACACUGAAUCAACUGCAUCUAAAAAGGUUAAAUUUAAUUGACAGUAAUUAAUUUUUUAUUAUUAUUAUAUAAUCUAUAAGUACAUCAUCUUCAUCUAUAAAAUGGAAAUAACAGAUACAUAAAUUAAGAUAAAUUAGUAAACUAAAAAUUUACAAUAUUAAAACUAACAUUUAAAGUAGAAUUAGAUUUAAACUGAAAUAUAAACUGAGUUUAUUUAAUUAUUUAUUAUCUUAAUACAAUAAUCAAUAAACU